GCGGCAGCCGGCCAUGUUUAGGUUAUCUUGAAACUGCGGUAGAAGAAUAUACACAAAGCCUCGAAUACGACUGCUUUUUGGUUUCCUUACUGUUCAGACGUCAUUUUAAUGCACUCUGGUGUUUAAGACGCCCUCCAGUAAAAAUGGCUGCGAGUGCAAAAGAUGAUGAGUUUGAUCAGUUUGACAAGCCAGGGGCCGAAAGGUCACGGAGAAGAAGAACUGGAGCUGAGGACAUGGACAGUGAUCUUGAAUACGACUUGCUUGAUGAUGAUUGGCUUUCUACUAAAAAGAAUCCAUCUGACUUUUCUGAUGAAGAGUUGAACGAUGACCUUCUGCAAAGUGAUGAUGAAGAUCAGAACAUGAGUUCCCAGGGUGUUGCCAUUAGCCUCAAUGCUACAGCCGGUCUGGUUACAUCAUUUGACGUUACAAAAAGUGAUCACGACCAUUCUUUGGAUGAAGCAGAGUACAGAGAAAGCGGCGAUGAAAAUGUGGGUGCUGAAGACUAUGAAGGGGGAGAGGGGUUAGAAGGAGCGGAGGGCUAUUCUCAAGAAGAGUAUGCAGAUCAGUACGAAGCCAGUGACACAGAGCUGGCAGGGGACCACAUGGAAUACACAGGAGAACAGGCGGAGGAAGAAAUGUACAGCGAUGAAGUGUUAGACAUUGAAAUCAAUGACCCUAUGGAUGAUGAAUUUCAAGAUGAGGACUACUCCCAGUCUUACAGUGGUCAGCAGACAGUCCUGGAGGUGGAAGGGGAAGCUGAAGAGCAGGAGAUGCAUGUUGCUGCUCAGGAGAGGGGCAUUGAACCUGAAGAGGUAGAGAAUGAAACGGAACAGGAGGUAGAGGCAAAGGAGGAAUCUGAUGAGGAAGAAGAUGAAGACGAGGAGUCCUGUCGACUCCGGUUUAAAACUGAACGAAAAGAUGCAACGGUCAUACGACUGUCCGACGCAGCCAGUAAAAGAAGGAACAUUCCAGAAACCUUGGAGCUUUCUGAAGAAGCUAAAGCAACACUGAUGGACUUUGAAGAAAAAGAGCGUCAGCGCAAGCAGGGUCGCUUUGGGGGAUGGGGAAGGGGGAGAGGGAGAGGAGCUUUCCCUGGCUAUGAGCAUGGGAAUUUCAGGAGAGACGCUGGGGGCAGAGGAAGAAUGAAUGAGCAGAGGCCUCCAUUGAUGUCCAUGCCAGUGUCUUUGCAGCACCCACCCUCUAGGAUGACCCACUAUCAGCAGCUGCACCAUCAACAGCCACACCACCAGCAAUCUCCCAGAGGCCAUUUCCAGGAGCAGAGCCAGCAGAGACAGUCCCCUCAGCCUCUGAUACCUUCCCAUCCGUACCACCAGUCGUCUUCUCCACAAGGAACACUCAUCCGUCCACAGGCAGAAGGAUCCUCACCUGCACAUUCUCCACAGCAGCCCAAGAACAUUCAUAUCAACCCGCACUUCAGAGGCCCAGUUUCCUCUCCUGUGCAAGUGCCCUUGAUGCCUGUGCCAAACCAGCCCAGGCCUGCUGUGGUUCCCCAGAGAUUUCCAGGUGCCCCUGAAUUCCAGCCGCCUGUCUCUGGAAACUUUAGUCAGCCCCCAAGACACCAUUCCCCUGAACCCUGGAGGGGACCCCCGCAACCUCAAGAGAGGGAGCCUUUCUUUAUUGGAGAGCCAAGGUUCCCAGGACAGCAUAUGUUUGAACAACAGAACCCCCCUCCACUCAUGAAUAACAACCACCCUUUGCCUGGCCAGAAUCCCAUGCCUUUCAACCAGCAAGGGCCUGGUUUUAACCAGCAAGGGCAACAGACAGUGUUCCAACGCGAAGGACCCAUGAGGCCAAACCUCCAUCCUCCGGGUGCCAUGGGCAUGUCUCACUUCACCCAGCCCGGACCUGCCAGUCCCAGACCUUUUAUUCCUCUGAGACAGCACUUUCCACAAGGCCCUGGGCAGCCCUUCCCAUCACCACAUAUGCAGCUUGGAAUGCAGGCACGCCACAGAGGGCCGAUGCAUCCUUCUCCACAUUCUCAACCCUCACACCAUGAGCUGCCAGCUUCACACCAUCACCAUCAUCAGCAGCAGCAGCAGCAGCAGCAGCAGCAGCAACAGCAGCAGCACCCCCUGCACUACAGCCACCCAGGUCCACAGCGCCCCCUGCACCCUAACUCGCAGUCUUACUUCAGACCUCAGCUACAGAACAUGCAGCAACAAAUGAAUCUGCGAAUGCAGCGCCCCCCGCUCCGCACAGGCCCAAUAAAACCCAGACUUAACACACUGCCUCAGUCUGUGAAUAAGCCUCCAAACCAGCAGGUACAAGCUUUGCCUCCACGCAACAGUAACCUGCGUGAGCUCCCUGUAGCACCAGCUAAUGUGAACAUUCACAAUAACCGUCCGAUGUCGGCUCCUGCUGCGCAGGUGAGGCCUGUUGCCAGGCAUAUGCAGAAUGCCAGGUCAAUGUCCGGAGCCAAGGUGAUGCCUACUGCCAGGCCCCAGCCUACUGCCAGGCCCCAAACUACUGCCAAGGCCCAGACAGUGCCCAGAAUGGCAGCGAAGAAUGUAGUCAAAACGGAUACUCCAGUGGCACAGCUUAAUCCUCCACAGACAAGUGAAGUGAACCUGGAUGAGGACGAAGAAACAAGGGUAUACCGUUUGAAAAUAGAAGAACAAAAACGUUUAAGGGAGGAAAUUCUCAAACGGAAGGAGCUCAGAAGACAAAUGCAGGCUGGUGUAAGGAAGAAAGAACUGCUUGAACGCAUUACACAGCAGCCUCAACCACAGCUAGCAAUACCGCUACAGACACCACCGCCACCUUUACCACCCUUUGUACAACCACAACAACAACAGCAGCAGCAACAACAACCAAACUCAUUGCAGAUACCUUCAAAUGGCGUUACACAAACACCCCAGCCUGGUGCUCUACCCAGGCCAAUCAUAAAGAACCAGUUUCCGAUGAAAAAACCACAGGCUCCGGGUCUUGGGGUUCAGCUGCAAAAUGUAAGACUCCAGCAAGCUGGGCUCAAUCUACAGAGGAGAAACGUGAAUCCGCUAAUUCAGAACAGACCGGGACCCCACUUCCAGACCCCGCAGGCUCAAGCGAGACCUGCAGUAGUGGCAGCUGUGCCAGGACUGCAGCAGAGUGCUCGGGGGGUGUUUGGACAAGGCAGACCCCAGGAAUUGAAGCCUGGUGUGAAAAGGACUGUAAUGCAGAGAUCCAACAGUGGGAGCGGAGAUGGGCCGCAUGUUGGUGCCAAAAUCAGGGUUGUCAAGCUAUUAGGAGCGCAGGAGGGAGAAGGAGUUGUCCAUGCUUCUCCAGUGGGGCAGCCUCAGAGGGGCCAGCUACCACAGCAGCAAAAACAGCAGCCAGCACGAAAGGUCACGUUGGGAAAGGCAACUGUCCAGCAGCAGCUGAAACAGCAGCAAACACAGUUUUAUCAACCACAUCCAGAGCCUCAGGGAGUGAGAAACAACCUUGGAAAUCAACCUCAAAAUAGGGUUGUUAUGCAGGGGCGAGGCAGAGCAGCAGCAGGCCAGAUGGGCCGUGGCCGCUUGAUGCCAAACAAGCAGAACCUGCGAGUGGUGGAGCCUCAGCCAUGCGUCGUGUCAAUUGAAGGGCUUUCUUCAUCAACCACUGAUGUCCAGCUGAAAAACCUGCUCAUGUCAGUGGGACCCAUUCAGAUGUUACAAAUGCAGCCACAACUAAGGAAAGCUGUAGCAAGAUUCAACAAUCCCCUGCAUGCUACCACCUUCCAGCAGAGGUUCCACAGGCACAUGAUAGAUUUGUCGCAUAUCAAUGUGUCGCUGAUAAAUGACUGAUAGAUCACCGCCAUGCACAUUGAGCCCUUGGAGUAGUUCAGAUGUAGCAUUGGAGUGGAAUCAGAAGUGUCAUUCAAAGGAGAUCACAGACAGACACACACCAAUCUAAAACUGAGUCACGACGCAGGCUUGUGGAACACCAGGACUCUGAAGUCAUUUUUCAAGAGGAAGGGGUGUUCACCCAUCGCACUGAGGAAGAGAAACUUUUUCUACAGAUGUUUUGUUUUUUUCUCUUGACUCGACUCAAGCUCUUAUCAUUAAUAGAAACAGACGUGCAUGUCAAUGCCAGACUUUGUUCAAAAUUGUGAUAUAUAUUUACCAGCAAUGACUUAACAAGGUAGUCAGAUCAAGACAUGCUUUCCCCAGUACAAAAAAAAUAACUGAUAUUGAAUAACACUAGAUAAUGGUUGCUCUUACCUUCUCAACAUUUAUAAUCUCUCGUUAAUCAGAAAUGAACUAGUCUUAUAAAAGUAAACCAGGUUUGUAGUUUUAGUAAGGUCAGACCCCUUAGAAAUAUCGAAGGCAAAAAAGUUAGGCUUUUUAUUGGUGAUCUUAAGCUCCUCUAGUUAGCACCAAACCUUUCUGUUCUGUUAGUUUAAAUCUUCAACAAAACAAAUUGGCUUGCACUUUUACAUUUGUGCUUGGCUGCAGUGCUUUUUGGAACCCAUAGAUGGCAAUAUCGGAUCACUUCCUGCCACCUUCUGUUUGUAAAAAAAAAAAAAAAUAAAUCCAUCCAUGAAGUAUUUUUAAAGAGCACCAUCUUCUGGAUCAAAGUGGAAAUGUGCAAGCCAGACUACUUUUUAUUUCUACAAAAAGGACAUUUUAUUUAAGCUUCCCAGGCAGAUAUUUAAUUCAUUGGUUACAUUUCUAAACAGGAGAUGGUACAUUAAUGCAGUGUUUCCCAAGACGGUAAUCCUUCGCAUCAUUGGAUCCACGCUGCUUUGUUUAUGGUUUAUGACGUGUCAGUUAGGCUAGUAAUACAGCACAUGGACAGCUGUACAAAGAGUGCUUCUGUACUGACUCCUUUAAAUGUGUCUUGAAGAAAGCGUGACAUAUAGUGUUCUGUUUUGAUGAAAUGUGGACUCUCUGUGUAUAGGGCUAGCAUUGCCAGCACAGUAUUUCUGGGAUGUGUGCUGUGGUAGACACUGCUGUCUGUUAUCAUUUGAAUGAUUCAAUGCUCAUUGGCAUCCUGUUUCUUGACCGUGGUUUUUGUUUGUGUGUGUAAUAGCUUCCAUAUUAUUUUUGCACUUCCAAAUGGCCAUUCUUGAUUUAUUUACUCAUAUGCAGAGUGUCAUGUUAAGUUUUUUUUUAUAAUGACCAGACAGAAGUUUUGAAAUUUUCCAUCUGUGUAGUCAUUAAAUUGCCGUGCGACUAUAGUUCAGUUGUUGGCUAGUGUUGGUAUUGUCUCGUAGAUUGUCAUUUUUGUCUUUUAAUAGAAUUACCAUAGGUCAGAGCAAGAUACUUAAGAAAACAUAUGCAUCAGGAUUUCUUUUAGCUUUAAUUUUCAGCUGUUUAUUUUACUUUUGUUUUGUACGUGUUCUGUAAAUAACGGAGGCUGUGCCUUUGUAUAAAGACGCAUUCCUUAGGCCCGUCAUUGUAGUUAAUGCAAAAUAGUAGAGGUCCCUAAAGGAGUUGGGAUUUUAUAAUAUAACCCACUGAUCUAAUAAAUGCAGCUUUACUUACUGUACUGUUUAAAAUAGAGACUCCUGCUAGAAUCCUUUUAGUACACUUUACAGCAGUACAUGUUGUGGACAGGUACAUACUGUAGAGUGACAUACAGGUCUGUGUACGACAUUUGGAAGCUGUCCAACAACGCUUUCAGGAACUGUUUUUUAUUUGUGUUAUUUUUUCAAGUGAUGUGUUUUUUGCCACUUUGUUUUGGAAUGGCUUUUACUUUAUAUACGUAGAUGUAACCCAGACUUCUAAACUGCAGAAACAAAACCAUGUCUUAAAUAUGAAUGAUGUUGUGCAUAAGAGCAGUAGUGUGAGACUAUCCUGUAUAGAAUGGAAAUCUUGAACUGUUGUCAGCAACUAGAGAUAUAGACAAGCUAUUAAUGUAUGACUUCUAACAAUUGUACAUGUGAGUGGAUUUGAGAGACAUGGAUUCUUCAGCUGAAGAGUUUUUCAAAGGACAAUUUGGACCACUGUAUACAGCUAUGGAUAAAGGGUAACAUUUGACUUUCUGUAUAAUUACUUAUCUUCUUUAAAAGCUAGAAACAUUUCAGUAGCUUUAGUUGUGUUUUCUUCCUCUGGUUAUUGUGGUUUUGACAUUAGUGGUUUUGUGUGCUGCUUCCUAUGAUUUGAAUUGAUUGAUUCUGGUCACACUCACUCAAAGUUUCUGCUCUCAUAUUCUGAAUGCAGUAAGUGUAAAGGAGGAAGCUGGUGUGCUCUGAUCAGCACAAACUCCAGAGCAGAGCCUUUACUAAUAGGGCUUGAUCCAGAUCAAUAAACAGGACAGUCAGAAAUAGAAUAGGGACAUUACUCAAGUUCAUAUUCAAAAGGGUUUUAGUGUUAUGAAUUGUGUAAAUGGUGUUCCAGUUACUUUUGCUCUUCCCAUUCGGUUUUAGUGACAGUAGUGUGUUUUCAAUAGACAGAAUGUGUCAGUGGUACAGCUGGACACGGAAUGUUUCUGUGCAACAGAAUAUGAUAAAAAUUACAUUGGAGUGGUAAACCUGUCAAUGAUUCUGGCAUGCAUACCUGCUGCUGUUUAGAAAAGAAAGAGCAAAUCUACUAAACUCAGUCAGAGACCGACAUUCAGAAUGUCCAGUUAUGUGUUGGGCAUGAUCAGACCUGGGUCAAUUAUAAUGAUAAUUACAGUUACAGCAGAAUUGUUUGCUCAAGUUACAAUUACAAUGCUAUUUUUUCCUUUAGUUACCAUUAUGCUGCAGUAGCUGUAAUUAUAAUUACAAUUACACUAAAUAGCUGCACACUAACUCUGUUUAUUCUACCAAGUAGUAAUUACAGGUACAAAUACAGAAACACUGUAACGUUUCUUAACACAAAUGCACUCACAGAAAGUGGGUGACAAUACCAGAAGAGUGUUGGCAUGAAGCUGUGAACAAUUAAGCUUGGAAAGGGGUGUCAUUGAACUGGAAUUGUUCAAAUUGUAUGGUUAUAACAAUUACAGUAGUGCUGGUGGGCACUAUAUAGUUUUAGCCUUAUUUAGCAGCAAAGACAGUGUUUGUCUUCAAAAAACAAACAAACAAAAAAACUCCUUGCUGGACUCUGUUUAGGUGUGAAAAGACAUAAACACUUUGUGCAUAUUUAUAUAAAUAAAUCAAAUUAGGCCCAUGUUUCGCAAAUACAAAAUGCAAAAAUAUCAUCUCAAUAAUAGCUUUGUUAUAAUCAGUUAAAUGUUAAUUGAAGAUUACAAUCAUUUCAUUCCUUUGAGAAGUUUGGGUUGGUAAUAGAGAGAUUUUCAUUGGAUGUGCAGUCCAAGCGGCAGUGUUUGACUUCAGUAGCCAGAAUCAUUUAUAUGUUAAAAACUGUGUUUGUUUAAAUGAUUCUGGAACGAAAUCAUAAACAAACUGCAAUAUAAGUUUUAAUUAAUCCAUGAAAGCAUACUGUCUUUUUAAAGAGGUGCACCAUGCUGUGUGCAUUUACCACAGUGACACAUGCAAAUACUGCAGAUACAGAUAUUUCAAAUGGAUAUAGGAAGUUUUAUCAGUGUUAAUUUAUCCAAACAGACUUUUGUUUUUAUGUAGGAAUACUAGUUUGUUUUACUGAAACCGGUCUCAAUUCCUAGGUCUGCAGCAACCAUAAUCUGUUUAUUCUUUGUCAUGAAGAUGAAAAAAGUUGGAUAAAUUAUUCUGUUACCAUGUAAAUAGAAGUUAAAAAGCCCUGUGGAUUCACAUGCUUAGACUUUUGAUCAUUUAUUUGAACCUUCAGUUUACUGUAAUGUGUAUUUAACCUUUAAUGGAUGCAACUUCCUUAGAAGUUUGUGUUGUAUGUAUCACUUAAUUUUAUAAAGAUGAUGUGUCACGAAGUACAUUUCACUGGUGUAUUAUUUGUAUUUACGUUUCAGGGUACUUUUACUCAGGGUUCAGCGUAAUGAGUAUGUGGAGCCAAAUGCAUAUUCUCCCUUUUGAAUCAAUGCAUCUGUUUCUUUUUAUGUUGUUUGAUGGUAGGUUGAUAAAAAAAAAAUCACAUUGUCUUCUGCUAGUAGUAAAGUAAGUUAAUUUCUUGUGUUUGUUUAAUAUUGGUGCAUUUCUAAAGAGGUUAGAAACAUAAUGGUCAGUGUCAUGCAAACAGGAGACUGUUUUUAUAUCUCACUUGGUGCAACUACAUGUUCUAUAGCACACAUUGUCUGUUCCUAUUUUGGUAUCAAAUAUAUUCAAAUGCAUAUUUGAUAUAUUGAUAAAAUAGUAUAGAAUGGAGUUCAUUUUAAAAGGUGAGCAAUUUUGUUAAGUCCUUAUUAAUGAGGUUAAUUAAUGACAUUCAUUUGAAUGAAAAUCAAAGUAAGUUUUAAGGUGUAAAACCUACCCAUUCCUUUUUAUGAAUGAGAUGCAAUUAUUUCCUUAACAUAGCAAAUGUUUUUUUUUCCAUUCUUCAGAAAAUGUAAAUUUAAUGUUAAAUACAAACAUAUGUAUAUUAUAAUUGAUACACGAGUACAUUUUGUGUAUUUGUAACCUACCCAUACAACUAAUUUUUAAUAUGAACAGUCUCUGACUUGAAGAGCUGUUGCUCUAAACUGGGUAGUGCCAGCUGAUACUCUAGUAAAGCCUUAAUGUUCUGGAAUUUACAUCAGAUUGCGUUUGCACUGUUGGUAUCUGUUUAUUAAUGAUGCAUCCUAUUUUAAAAACAGCACGUACAAAAGGAGGCAUUACUCUAGUUAAUAUAUUAACACACUUUUCAUAAAUUCAAAAAUUGCUUGAAGAAAAUUUUUUACCAUUUUGUCCUGUUGCUGUGACUAUACAUAUUUGUUUCUUUGUUUUUGGUUACUUUUGAAUUCUUAAGAAAUGCACCAGAUGUUUUUCCUGCCCUCAGACAAGGUACUUUUUUACAUGACCAGGGAGGUAAUGGUAAUCGUUUUGUGGCUCCCCCCGCCCCCACGUUUUAAAAUUAUCCCAUGUUAUAAAUCCGUUCUUCUCUCAUCUGGCAUACAGCUUUCACGCCUGUCACAAUCCAAGCAUGCUCUUGCCAUGCCCCUCCUUUAAAGUGAGCUCUGCUGUGUUUAAGAAGUGUGUUCUGCUGUUCUGUCUUCCAUUGCAUACCUGUAACAUUCUGGCUUCACAUACUCCUUACAAAGCAUUACCAGCAUUAACUAAUGAGGAGGUCUGGAGGAGGGGUGGAGAAGGGACCGUCUCUUGUGGGUUAAAGUUUACAAAACCUUCCAUCCAGAACGUAUACAGCAAUUAUUCACCACAUUUUAAUCUUUAUUUAAAAAACUGGGGUUUAACAUCAGGUCUGUAAUGAUUUAACAUGAUUUUGUUUUUAUUGUUGUUUUGUGUGUGCCAUAUUGCGUUUUUUUUUGUUUGUUUUUAAACUGACUUAAAUAUAUUUUAUGAUAUAUUCAACUUUAGGUAUUAAAUCCUGUGGAUUUCAAAGCGGUAUAUUUAGCUUAAACAAGUAGUUACAAUAUUUGUAACUCAUCUGAAAAGGUAACUUAUCAUAAGCAAGUGCUUAUGUUUUAAAACAGAUUCAUAUUGAAUCUUGAUGUAGCUUUUAUAAAAUAUGGUUGGGAAGGAUCAUUGUACAUAACCAUUUUAUGUAUUUUGGUAUAAGUGGAUUUAUUUAUUUUUUAAGAUUGGUUUGUUUUUCUAUAGCUGAAUUUGGUUUUUAUUAUUUGGCACUACAGUUUUGUCAUUUAUAUUAACACACAUGACCAUGAAAUGUAGUUUUGUUAACUAGUUUUAUUGAAGCCAAAUCAAAAUGACAUGUUGGGGUUUUUUUUUUUUUUUUUUUUUUUUUCAAUUCUGUUAUUGGUAACAGGUAGAGAAGUUAAGCUGUACAAUUAAACGAGGAUGGGGUGGUACAGUUAAGGAAUGUUACAUAUGCUCAUUGGCUUUCAAAUGUUUCUGCAAAUUCUUAUCAAGCUUAAUGAGGAUUUAUAACAUGUCUAAUUCUAGCACAAGGUUUUAAGUGUGAUUUUGAUCUGUAGAUGCAUUUAUCAGUAUAAAUGUUUUUAUCAAAUUAAAUUUCUUAAGUAGAAAUGAACAUAUCUUAAAAUAUAAUAGCUUACUAUAAAACAUAAAGCUGAAAUGUAGAAGUUAUAAAGUACCAGAUGAGAAACAAGAUCCCCUCUCUUUAAAACGCUAACUUUGUUCUAUUUUAUUGUAGAACUAUUUUUGCAGCGAAGGCAGUUGCAGAAUUUUUUUGUUUUUUUAAACAUUUGUUUUUUUUUUACAGAAAGGUGGAGAUACCCAGGUUACAAAUGUUAAUUUGAAUUUUUAUUCCUUUUUAAAUGACAUUUGUUUUAAAUCCCCACAGGUGUAAAGAUGGGUUUCAGACAGACUGAUCACAACUAAGGUUUGCUGCAGGUGUCGUGUGCAGAUCCAAUGUCACUCUUGUUGGAAUGAUAUUAACAUCUAUCUUUAUUUCCAGGGAUGACAAGCCAGACAAAGCCAUUCAUUCGUGUGUGUGUGUGUGUUUAUUUUCCCAGAGAUCUGAAGAUUGUGGAGGUCCUGAUCCAGCAGUAAUUUAAAGACCAGUUAUUUUUAUUUCAUUUCUACAGUACAAGCUGCUGUUCCACUUGGUGAAUAUGACCUGUCAAUUUAAUUACAACACUUGUAUUCAGUGGAUGGCUUAGCUGUGGCUCUCCCUGUCACUGACUUGGUCCUUCCUAACCAGAAAUAGUGUGCUGAUCCUUACUUGGGUUAUCGGAGUACUGAUAGUUUUAGGAUGAUGUUAUGAAGACUAUUAAACCAUUAUGUAUUGAAUAGGUGCCUGGAUUUCUGUCGUUUGUUAACGCAAAUGAUGGAGGUUUGCAUAGCAGAGACUGCAUCUGAUAUUGUUCUGACCAUCAGCAUUCUCUAUCCUUUCCCAUUGUUUUAAAAAGUGAGAACAAAUUGCAAGAUUUGUGUUGCAUUUAGAAUUCAAAAUGAUCAUUGAAGACCAUUAUUCCACUGAUUUAAAUUAGAUUUUCUACCUGUAUGCAUUAACAGUAUAGAAAUAUGUAAAUGCAGAAAACUUGAUUGUUACUUUUGUAAAUGAAAACUUUAUUCCUGUAUAAAAACAAAUAUUUGUUCUUAAUAAAAUGCAUUAAUGUAAAA